AUGGCUAUAACUUGUUGGGCUCCUGGUUGUAAUCACAGUAGUCUAAGAGAAACAUGUUCGUUUUUUCGAUUUCCUAUUGAUAAAAAGGAAUAUAAGCGUUGGAUAACACUUAUCAGGCGUGGUGGUGAUAGCAAACCUGGUACAGGAGCUCGCAUAUGUUCUUGUCAUUUUCGUGACGGUAAGAAAGAAAAUGGCCCAGAGAUUUUUGCUCACAAUAAAGAAAAGUUUUUUAAUAAACAUUACCUUAGUCCUGAAAAAAGAAAAGCCAGAAAGCGAGUAAUACUACUUGAUACAGAAAGUGAGCCAAGUACUUCUGCAAUCGAGUCGGAGAAUUCACCACCUCCUAGUGAACAACACCUGCCAAGUAUGCCAGGCACUUCUAAAGAUGUACCGAUAUUAGAAGUAGAGAGUCCUUCAUCCAGUAAUGAUCCUAUAGCUUCAACAUUGCAAACCAGUCGAACAAUGCCAUCUACUGCUAUGUACGAAGCAGAAAUAUAUUUGGCAAAAUUAGAAGCUGAAAGAAAGGUUGAAAUCAUAAAGACCCUAAAGUUUUGUAUGACCUACGAACAAAUCUGCGAAUCAGAUAAAUUGAUCUUGGAAUACACAGGAUUACCAAGACAACAUAUCUCAAGCUCUGUACAAAUUGAUAGAUAAUGUAGAAAUAAAUUAUUAUUUGAAGUGGAAAGUACAGAAAUUAAGUAAAAUUGAUCAGUUAUUAGUGACUCUAAUGAAAUUAAGACAAAAUUUUCCCUACACCGAUUUGUCAUAUAGAUUUCAGGUUUCAGAAACGACCAUGACAAAUGUGGUAGUGACAUUUAUACAUGUACUUCAUGAAAUUUUAUUCAAAGAGCUAAUGAAAGAUAUACCUUCACGAAGAAAGAGUAGGUCCUGCUUACCCAAUUGUGCUAGCACUUUUACCAAUUGUCGGAUAAUUUUAGAAGCAACUGAAAUUUUCUGUGCCGUACCGAGGCAGUCCAUGAAAGUCCAGAAGCUUACAUACAGCUCGUAUAAACAUAGAAAUACCUUUAAAGGUUUAGUUGGAGUUGCCCCAAAUGGUGUAGUGACGUAUGUAAGCAGUCUUUAUCCAGGUUCAACAUCAGACAAAGCCAUCGUAAAACACUGUGGAAUCCUAAAUAAAUUUGAGCCAGGAGACCUCAUAUUGGCUGAUAAAGGCUUCUUAAUAAGCGAGUUGUUGCCUGUAGAUGUAAACCUUAAUGUGCCGCCUUUUUUGUGUACACCACAGUUUACGCCAGAACAAGUACGUCGAACUCAAUGCAUCGCUAAAGCUCGAAUUCAUGUGGAAAGAGCCAUCUGUCGAAUGAAAAGCUACAAGAUAUUGAGCUUUAUACCAGACAGACUAUUCAGUUAUAGCUCAGUUAUUUUUCAGACUGUAGGCUCUUUGACAAAUUUACAAUAUCCUUUAAUAAAGGAAGUUGCAGAAUUUUAUGAAAAGUAAUAAGUAGUCUUAACUCAAAAUUAACUGUUCAUAUAAUUAUACUUACUACGUUUUGAAUAAAUUUAUAAAUAGCAAUAUUGAAUAGUUAAUUAGUGCUGUAUAUAAAUGUUU